AUGUUGUACAUUGCCUGGGUAUAUAAUCUCGAUGCUACAACUCCAACUGAAUCUCGAAAACAAAGGGAUGCUUCUUAUUACGUGAAUCUAAGAAGAAUGUCAUUAAGAUCCAGACGUAAUCUCCCAUCAUACGCACCGCCAAAUACUAGCAUUGAUGAUUCAUUUGAUAUAAUUGAUAAUGAGAAACAUAGGGAUGAAACAUAUCUACCGUCUACGGACGACGAUACUGCAAAUAGUUCAAAUUUAAAUAACGACUUGACGGAUACUCUGAUGGAUGAUAUAACGAAUGAUGCUGAUGACUCGGAUUCGAACUAUAACGAAACAUGCUUGCCAGAUCAAAGACCAAUGACUGACAUCGAGACACCGCGGAAUACUUUGUUGUCAGAUUCAGUUGCAACUUCUAGUCCUCCUCUGCUAGAUGCUGACAGCAACGUUAUUAUCGAAGCGAACGCAAACAUUCUGGCUGAUAACAGUAAUAAUUCAGUUAUCCAAAAUUCUGAUUAUUUAAAUGUGUUGGAACAACCUCAGAACCCAAUGCAUAGUGAAAGUGGUCAAUCGUGUCUUACUAUAACUAACCAGUCCUUAUCAAACGUAUUGGAACAAUCUCCGUACCAAAUGCAUGUAACACUAAGUAAUCCUAAUGAAUGUAAUCUCACAAAAAAUCACACAAUAACAAGCCAAUCAUUAUCACAAGACCAUACCACUCAGAUACAAGACUCAGUACCUACUACGUCAGGUGGCGCUUCCAAUGAUGGCAUUCCUAAUUUUUCUAAUGACAAUAGCUCUGAGUUUGACGACUCUGACAAAGAUCCAACGUACAUUUCUGCAUUCGAGAAAUCCUCCAGUAUCACAAGUUAUACUGAAGAAACGGAAGAAGUAUUGAAUAAGACACAUCAAAAUCAGCAAUUGUGUCUUAGACGUCGUAGCUUAGAGGAACCCCAGGAUUUGACAAGUUGCCAAAAGACGAAAGAGUUGAAAAGAACCAGAGCCAGGGAUUAUUGUUUUUUUUGUGAGGUCGAUGUGCUAAAUUUUGCGAGACAUCUAUUGCGGAAUCAUUGUACGGAACCCGAAGUACAAAAUAUUAUCUCUCAUCCUACGAAAAGUUGCGUACGCAAAAACCUAAUAACCAACUUACGCAAAAGAGGAAACUAUAUUCGGAAUGUUAUAAAAUGUGUUAAACCUAUGAAAAAGAGUAAUGUUUAUCCACACAUCGAUUACUUACCAUGUGAAAAAUGUUUAGGCUUCUACUCUAGGAAACAAUUGUGGAAACAUAAGAAGACAUGUCAACCGUUAUCCGAUACCGCCAACACUCAAGUUCAGUCUCAAAAUUUUAUGUUACGCAACCUAAAUAUUGACAAAAAACUUAAAGAUGAGGUAUUUCCAAAAAUGAGACCUGACAAAAUAUCACUAGAAGCUAAAAGAGACACGUUAAUCUGUGCGUUUGGAGCCCAAUAUAUAAGGAUUCAUCGAGAAAAACACUUCGUAAACGUUACAUCGCUAAAAAUGAGAGAAUUGGCUAAAUUGUUACUAGAAUUGAAGACGCUGAAACCGUCACUUAAAAAUUUGAUGGAUUGUUUGAAACCUCAAAACUAUGAUCUAAUUGUUACUGCAACUAAAAAAAGUAUCAAGUUACAAUUGUAA